AUGCGGGUGCAAAGACAGGAAGAUCCCGAGCUGGGGGCCCACGCAGCAGAAGCAGUGCGGAAGCCUCGGAAUGUGAACAUCGAAUCACCACGUGUGCGGGAUGCAGCGGCCAAGCAACUGCAGCGGUCGCCACCAGAAGCUCCCCUGCAAGGGCACAUGUACGAAACCGACAAGGACUGGCAUGUGACUAUCAUUGCGGCGGCCGCCUUCUUCUUCGGCUCGGCAUCCAUUCGCUCCUCUGGCAUCUUCUAUGUCAGCAUAAUGGAAGAGUUUCGGGUAUGUCGAGCCACAGCGUCGUGGCCAGACACGCUCAUCGACGCAACCAGUGAAAUGGCCGGUCUUCUCGUGGCGGUAUUUUUCGAGCACGUCAACCCUUUGAGCGUGAUGACAGUCGGCAGCAUUUUUGCCUGGGCGGGUGUGAUGUGCUCUGCCUUGGCACCCAGUAUCGUCUGGAUAUCACUCACGCUUGGCGUUGCUCACGGUGUUGGCAUUGGGCUGGUGUUCAGCUCGCUGCAAGUGUUCCUCAGUCAGAAUUUCAGCAAAUACCGUGGAACAGCUCAUGGGAUUAUGUACGCCGGGGCAGCAGCCUCCGCAAUGGUUUUCCCCUAUCUACUUGAGUACACCACGCAUAUGUUUGGCUUCCGCCUCUGCCUUGUCAUCUUCGGCCUCAUAUUGGUCAACCUCACCAUCAUCACCCUUCUGCUGGACAGAAACUCCUGGGCUGACGGAACCGCAGAAAGGUAA